CCGCCUUUCCCUGCGAUGGUGGGGUGUGAAAUGCCUUCUGGGGAAGCGCCCGGUGACCAGGGCUCGUCCCCUGAGGAAGGGACCUCCUGGCGCUUGUCGAAAGGUGAGCCCGGGACGCCGGGAGCCGCCUCCCCAGCCCCGAGGCGGGCUCCUUGCGUGGUGUGAGGAGCAGCCGGGGGCCUCGCGGAACCUGCCGUGGUCCCGGGUCCCCUCGGGGUGUGAAACUCCCCUCGCCGCCGUGGCUCCCGCAUCAAAACGGGCCCCAGGUUCCCUGUUGCGUUCUGUAAGCCACCAAAACACUGUUGGUUCAUAGAAAGAUGUUGUUUCUUGACGCCUAAAAUCGUCUUGUCAAGAGUUAGAGUUUGAAGUCAUAAAGGCGUCUUGUCAAAGGAGAAACAGCAGAUACAAAGAAAUGAGAGGAAAAUUUCCACAACACGAAGCAUGAAGAGGAGUGGUUCCCGGUCGGCAUGGCGGUUUUCCAUUCAAAGAGAAGGGUGACGAGGGUGUCGCUAGUGAGAGAAAAAAAGAUCCUUGUAAUGGACAAACAUGACAAUAGAUAAUAAGCUGAACAGCAAAUUUCGAAUUUACAUUGGGCUUAAUUAUUUUAUGAAUCUUGUAUAAGCAAUGCAGAAACUGUAUCCUGUUACAGAAGGGGAAAAACCCCACCACCUGCCUGCCUAGAAGUUCAGUGCUGUGUGGGACUCAUUUCGCCACGGUUUUGCUAACCACUGGCAGGCUGCAGUCCAGCAGGGAGGAGGGCCUAACCUAGCGCAACCUCCUCUCCUCCCAGAGAGUAAAACCUACUGCUGCAAAAUAUUAAUGGUCACAGCAGGGAUCGACCUGAGCUCAUCCCCAUAUGAAGGCUGGAACAAAGUUCUGGUAAGAUGUGCGGUGCAAAAAGUAAAUCAUUGGUAUUUAUUGGACUGCUUUUCAACUGCCUCGAAAUGAUCUUUUCAGCUAACACAGGUUUCUCUCUGUCUGUAUAUGAUGUGACAUCACGAAACAUUUAUCUCAGAUGGCCCAAGCUUUCAGGAGCCUCAUCUUACAGAGUCAUAGCUACAGCUGUGAAUACUGUAGGACAUCCAUUACUGGCUCAUUUUAGUGAUGUUACACUUAAAGGAACUCUAACUUCAUUAAUUCCCGAUACUGUUUAUGCUAUACAAGCAGAAGCCAUUGACAAGAAUGGAAUUACUCUUGCAGAAACACAGAUUAUGCAGUCAACUGCUCCAGACAUACCUGUUAUUGAUCAAGCUUAUUCAAAACUUAGCAACAGUAUCACAGUGGAAUGGAGAGCAGUACCUGGGGCUACUAGUUAUCUGCUGACAGCACAGGAUGGAGAUUCCUUCAUUGAAACUAUAGUUGCAAAUUCUCCAGGCACAGUGACGGGACUGAAACCUGCCACCUUGUAUAGAAUCACUAUCAGAUCUAUAAAUUCAGGAGGAAAAAGCCAGCCAUCACCUUUCAGAAAAGCAAAAACAGUCCUGGCUGCUCCAAUUCUGUCUGUUAGUUCUCCAAGUUGUGACUCCAUUGCAGUGAGCUGGAAAGCUGUGUAUAUGGCAGCUGGAUUCUCUGUGUCCCUCAUGAGAUCCGAUGGUUUGGGCAGAAUGGUGAAGGAGAACACCACCGAUACCUCCCUGAUAUUUACAAGUCUAGAUCCAGGAACUCUCUAUACUAUCAAAGCAUAUGCCUGGAAUGUCAAUGGGAUACCUGGAGAUGAUUUCACAUAUAACCAAAGAACAAGUCCUAAUGCACCAGCGGAUGUUCAAGUAACUUUUAAUAGCGGUGCUUUAAGAGCUGUAGUUUCUUGGAUGCCAGCAGAAGGAGCUCUAACUUACAGUGUGACAGCCUCCAGUGGACUCUUGAAACUGAAGUGUAACACAUCUUCUGCCUCCUGCGCGGUGCCAUCACUCCAGUGCGGCUCUGAAUAUUAUGUUUCUGUCACAGCAUACAAUGAUGCUGGAUCCAGUAAACCUACUGAUGCAGUAAGCUUAAAAACGAUUCCUUGCGCACCAGUAAAUAUAUCAAUUGAAGAGGAUGAAUCUGGCCACUUGUUGGUAUCAUGGUCUAGUGUAAAUUUUGGUCAUUAUUAUGUGGUUUUUGUGAAGAGUGAUGAUGGCUUCGAAGUGCACUGCAACACAUCACAUACCCAAUGCCAUUUUCAGUCGGACUGUGGCUUCACUUAUUUCAUUAGUGUCUUUGCAUAUAACAAGGCAGGGCAGAGUCCUUUAGGUGAUGUAUUCAAUUACACUACUGCCCCUUGUUGCCCCGGUGACUUCCAGGCCGUGUUGGUGUCCAGUGACACGGUGCAUGUGAGCUGGGCUCCAGCCCGAGGUGCUGAAGUGUACGAGACGAGGGCCGUGGGCUGGCGCAGCACGGUGCUCUGCAAUGACUCUGCCACGGCCUGCACCUUGUCAGCUCUGCAGUGCAGCACCCGCUACAGCAUUGCGGUUUAUUCUUUCAGUGAGGCCAGGGGCAGCAACAUGUCAUGUGCAUCCAAGUAUGUGGCAACAGCUCCUUGCAGUCCUGAAAUUAAAAAUAUCUCAAAGGAGGCUCCUUCUGUAAUCAGUGUGCACUGGCAAUCUAACAACGAAGAAGCUACAUAUAUUGUCACUGCCAGAGGAGAGGCUGGAUUUUGGCAUUGCACAAGCUCUGGAAAUUCUUGUACCUUAAUUAGUCUUCCCUGUGGAUCUGCUUUCUCUGUUAGUGCUAUAGCAAGAUCACCAGCAGGACAGAGCUUACCAAGUUACAGUGUCCCUUUAGAGACAGCUCCUUGUUGCCCUAAUGACCUGAUACUAACUCAAGUGACACAGUCUGUAACAAAUAUCAGCUGGUCUGUUGGAAUGGGCGCACAGACAUAUUUAACAACACUGGAGUCUCCAAAAGGGCAGGCAAAGUGUCACACUCUUCAAAACUACUGUCUUCUGGGAUGCAUCACUUGCAGCACCAACUAUACAGUGUCUCUGAAAGCAAUCAGUGAAACGGGUUUGACAUCCAGUUGCACGUACCAAGGAUAUUCUUCCAGUGCUUGCUGCCCUUCUGGGGUGAAGCUGUAUAGGCUCGGCAGUAAUGGUAUCAGGGUAUACUGGCGAGCUUCUGAUGAAAUGAUAAACUACAAUACUGAUUUACAUGGCUCAAAAGGCAAUUUCACCUGUACCCCUAGUUCAGGUCUCAGUCACUGCGAUAUCACUGAAAUACCUUGUGGGGAUGUCUACACAGUGGUAGUAUCACCAGUUACUGAUAAGGGGCUGAAGCUUACAUUUUGUCCUAGAAAAAUAUAUUCAGUAACCUGUUCUGGAAGCUCUGUUGGAAUGGUGAUUUAUAGAGGAAAGAGCAAUGCAGACCAACAUAUCUAGAUGAAGAUUCUGGUUCAGAUAAGGAGCUAUCCUGGAUUUAUCAUUAUUGGUAACUUCAUUCUCCCUAAGUGCUCUCCUGUCUUUCUUUCCCUGAAGCUGGGAUGACAUCUGUGCCUAACUACAAUAGUCACAGCUGCUUGAGGGCUGGGAGGAGGGAAGCUGAACAGCUAGCCAUAUCUGAGAUCUAACCCAGGACAUCAAACUUGAGCCCCAACUCAUGAGAUAAUUUCUAAAAUGCAGAUGAUACUGAUAGAAAUCUCUGUAAUCUUGAAUGGAAUCAGUUGUAAAAGCUCUUCAUCAGGUGUGUAUCAGUGAAAUAGUAAAGGCUGAAAUAAAGAUUUAAGAGUGAAAUUUAUUUCCUUUAGAAAAAAAAGCCAUGUGGGUGCACUCAAGUAAAAGUAGCUUGCUGCUUAAUCAAGUAAUCUAAGGCUAUUUCAUUUUAAUUUCAAUUUCAAAAAAGUUUCUUUAAAAUUUUGAGAGAUGACUCAUGAAGGUAAACAUGUCAUCUUCACCUUAACUGUCUUACUUUGUGACUAAUAAAGAACUGACAGCUAUUACUAAAAUUUUAAUUUCCCAUUUCUCAGAAAAGGCAGAACCUUUUCUCAUACUCUACAGUAGUUACUUUUUCAGCCAACAUAGAAGGCAAAAUUCAAGGGUUCUACACACACACAUAAAAAGUAAAACAAUUUCUCAAAGGUAUCUUACAGAAACAGUCUUCAGAAGCUUAUGUAUAAAGGUUACCAAAGGCAACAGGGUUUUUAUUUUCAGCAUAUAAAAAUAGACACCAUG